CUGUGUGACAUGUUUCACUUAUUAGCUUACUCAGCUUUUAGACUCUCCGGCAGGCAGGCGGGUCACUGUACCCUGAUGGAUUAGAGCUCUAUAGAACAAGUCUUUACUUUGGACAAGAAAGGAUCGUUUCCGGAGAGUCACAUCUGAUGCGCUCCUGCCGCCACCAGUCUCUGGACGGGUUCACACAGGCUACAGUGCGACCACCUGCAAUUGGAAACCAGCAAAGGCGGUGGCUGUCCAGGCGUGCGGAGCUGGGAAAAAAAUAAAAAAUAAAAAUAAUACAAGGAGCUGAGACUCUGAGCAUCUGUGCAGCUACUCCCCGAGAAACCUCACAGCCCCCCCAGCCCGUAAGGCAUGUCGACCGCCGGGGAAGUGCCAGCCUUCUUCAAGAGCAUGGGCUCAGACAGCCCCGCCAGGCCGAGGCAGAAAUUCUGUGGCAUGUUCUGCCCGGUGGAAGGCUCCUCGGACAGCAAGACGCUCGACUUUGAUACACUCUCGGCGUGCAGGGGCAGGAGUGACGGGCGAGUCAUUGACCGGCAGACCGACAUCUCCCAGCCAAGAAAGGUGGAGAUAAGGGAGAGCACAGGGAAAGAAGCUCUGCAGAAUCUGGAUGAUAAAAGGAGUGACCGUCUCCUGAUCAAAGGAGGGAAGAUUGUGAACGAUGACCAGUCCUUCUGUGCUGACAUCUAUAUGGAGGACGGAGUCAUCAAACAAAUUGGGGAAAAUCUCAUCGUGCCCGGCGGGGUAAAAACCAUCGACGCCCACGGGCGCAUGUUGAUGCCAGGCGGCAUCGACGUGCACACGCGCUUCCAGAUGCCCGAUCGAGGUAUGACGUCCGCCGAUGACUUCUACCAGGGAACCAAGGCUGCACUGGCUGGAGGCACCACCAUGAUCAUUGACCACGUGGUUCCUGAGCCCGGCGUCAGCCUCAUCUCGUCCUUCGAGCAGUGGCGCGAAUGGGCCGACAGCAAGUCCUGCUGCGACUACUCGCUGCAUGUCGACAUCACCGAGUGGCACAGGGGCAUCCAGGAGGAGAUGGAGGCGCUCGUGAAGGAUCACGGUGUGAACUCUUUCCUGGUCUACCUGGCUUAUAAGGAUAUUUUCCAGCUUACUGACGCUCAGGUGUACGAGGUGUUCAGUGUGAUCCGCGAUCUGGGAGCCAUCGCCCAGGUGCACGCUGAGAAUGGAGACAUUGUAGCUGAGGAGCAGCGCAGGAUCCUGGAGCAGGGGAUCACUGGGCCUGAGGGACACGUGUUGAGCCGUCCUGAGGAGGUGGAGGCAGAGGCUGUAAACCGCUCUGUGACUGUGGCCAAUCAGACCAACUGCCCCCUCUAUGUCACAAAGGUGAUGAGCAAGAGUGCUGCUGAUGUCAUCGCUCAGGCCAGGAAGAAGGGCACUGUGGUCUAUGGAGAGCCAAUCACUGCAAGCCUGGGAACAGAUGGUUCCCACUAUUGGAGUAAGAACUGGGCCAAGGCAGCUGCCUACGUCACCUCCCCUCCCCUGAGCCCCGACCCAACCACACCAGACUAUCUCAACUCCCUGCUCUCCUGUGGUGACCUGCAGGUGACAGGAAGUGCGCACUGUCCCUUCAACACUGCCCAGCGUGCUGUGGGCAAAGAUGACUUCAGCUUGAUUCCUGAAGGCGUCAAUGGCACCGAGGAGAGGAUGUCUAUCAUCUGGGACAAGUGUGUGGUGACGGGUAAGAUGGACGAAAACCAGUUUGUGGCAGUGACCAGCACCAACGCUGCCAAGAUCUUUAACCUGUACCCCCGCAAGGGUCGUAUCGCCGUGGGUUCAGACGCUGACCUGGUGCUGUGGGACCCAGACAUCACAAAGAUUAUCUCUGCCAAGAGCCACAACUCGACUGUGGAGUACAACAUCUUUGAGGGGACAGAGGUGCGCGGCGGGCCUCUGGUGGUGAUCAGCCAGGGCAAGAUCGUCUUGGAGGAAGGAAACCUCCACACCACUGAGGGCUCGGGACGCUAUGUGGCCCGAAAACCUUUCCCUGACUACGUCUACAAGAGGAUAAAAGCUCGCAGCAGGCUGGCUGAGCUGAGGGGUGUACCCAGAGGACUGUAUGACGGUCCGGUCUGCGAGGUGUCAGUCACCCCGAAAACCAUGACUCCUGCCUCCUCUGCCAAGACCUCGCCUGCCAAGCAGCCCAACCAGCCCGUCCGUAACCUGCAUCAGUCUGGAUUCAGCCUAUCCGGUGCUCAGAUUGAUGACAACAUUCCUCGCCGGAACACCCAGCGCAUCGUGGCGCCACCAGGUGGCAGGGCCAACAUCACCAGCCUGGGUUAGAGCUCCGCCCUCAGCCGCUGAGGAGGAAAUGGAGAUCUGAGGCCAACAGGAGCUGAGGGUUCGAGAAACCACGUCACGACACCGAGGGCCGAACGCCUCACAGCACCUGACCGGGCCAUCCAUCAGCCUCGAUCUUUCACCUCCUCCUUCGCAGCUUUUCACGUACCCACUCUCCUCCUCCCCAAAACCUGAUCCUAGAGGACACAGAUAGAAAACAAAAACAAACAAAAAAAAAAAGGUCUGCCUCAUAUGAUGACAAAAGAGAAAAAAUGAAAACACACCUUAUUUGAGCACUUUUGACUGCAUUGUUUGGUUUUUUUAUACCGUACUUUCUCCUUGCCAUGUAUCCUUUUGAUGUUCGUUUUACUGUUGUUUUAAUAGAGGGGUCAAGUGAGACUAAACUGAAUUAAUACAGUUAAGAAAAGAGGAUCAUUUUCAUGCAGGAUGACCAUUGUAUUUCCAUUCUUUCUUUUCAUUUAGGGAGUAGUGUAAAUGGAGCAUGGGUACAAAACCAGUAUUUCUAUCUUCUUUUCUUGCUUUUGUGAGAUAGGCCAAACAGUAGGUUGCUUUAAAUUGAACAGUCUAUUCAGCCAACAAGAAUCUAAUACUUCCUUCAAGCUGUCGACUAUCUAUGAUUUAUAUUAUGUUGCAUUUCAAUCGCUUCACUUUCCUGUGCAUCGCCAUCUGUCACACACUGCUACAAUCAGCAUCCAAUUGAUUAUUCUCCAUGAGGACGGCCUCAAGAUUUGAAAAAUUGAACAACACAACAAUCAUUUAUUAGGGUUGUAGGCUCUCGCAGCACUGGCUCUCAUCUCAUGUUUUCCCACCUGUGGCUUUGCUAAGGUACAGUAAAAAAACAUAUUCCAUAUUUGGCAGCUGCCUUACAGCUUGUGAGACUUGUGGAGCAGAAGGAGCUUUGGCAGGUAGUAAAUAGAGCUUUAUGUCUCGUAUCUGAGUGUCAGGCCAUCGUUAAGUGGGAGAAUUGAAGGAAAGAUUUAGGGAGGAAAGAGAAAGUUGUACUCGCUGUCACUUCAAACUCAACCUUUCCUUGCCUUAUUGUCUCUUAGUGCCGUCCUUUUAGAGAACUAUUAGAAGUGCGGGGAAGGUGCCAUUCACUACGCAGCUACAUAUUUUCCAGCUUGUUUGCAUUCCUGUGAAUCGUAAAGGUCCAAAUUUUUGAUUGACAGCUGUUGAAGCAGCUGAUAACCGUCCCAUCACCAACCAGUGCAUUUACAUACAGAAUGUUUCUGCUCCUCCAAAUGUGACUGUUUUAUACUCAUCAUAAUCCCUCUUUCCUUUCUACUCUUUAUGUGCCUGAACCCACAGAAGUUGUACUGAUAGUUUGAUUUUUCUUGUUUUGUUAUUCUUAUUGAGGUAAGUGAAGGAUGUAAGAUAAAAAGAUGUAAAAUAGACAGGAUUAACCGAUUCAAAGGUGCCAGAUUUUGCGCUUUCAUAGGGCCUAUUCUGCUGGUAGAGCCCAUGUAAAGACGGAAAAUGCUCGAUAUCUUGAAAUGUUCUAAUGUUUUAGAGUUUUUAACUUGUUGUCAAACUGCUUUUUAGUGUCAUUCUGUAACUAGGUGCCUAAGGGCUGAGCACUAUUGAUUUACGCUUGAAAGUAGACAUGAGCUAAUGUACUUCUGACUAGUGUGCAGUGUUGAUGUGUGAGGGAUGGGACACGCACAGCAGGCUCCUGUACAGCACUCCUCACUGUUGUGGACGUGACAUCGCUCCGGGCCGUGUUGAGCACUCAUAUGUUCUUGUUCCUUAUUUUUAUUUUUUCUUUUGUCGUUGCAUGAUCUGGUUUUCAUUAAGCCAAGUAACUGAUUUCCUGUGUUAGUCCUUAUGUCAACGAGGUCUUGGCCACCAGUCACCAUCUCUCUGCAGCCUUUUUCUUCCCCAUGACUCAACACGGAGCAACAAGCUCACCCUGAUAUGGACGUAGCCAGGGGCCAGUUACAUAAAUGUAGAUUAAGACUAGCCUCUGCUUUAGACUGGUCUUAAAUUCUUAAGACUAGUCUUAAAUUCUUAAAACUAGUCUAUUAACGCAGACUUAUUUUUAGUCAACAAACUGGUUAAGACCUACUUGUCGCUAUAGCAACAUAUUAGAGAUUGCUUUAGUUAGCUAGUGGACACAUCAGUCUGUGUCAUUUGUCAUUUGAUGAAAUCAUUUGAAGUCUGUCCUAAAAUUAGAGUUCAAUUUAAGUAUGUCUUUAUGCAACUAGCCCCUGACUCACUCACACAUAUACUGUACAUACAUACAUACAAAAUGUAGAUAUACAACCAUACACCACCUCUGUGUUUGUGCUUUCAACCCCAAUUUUUCAGGCGUCCUCCCCUCUGAUAUAACUGGAAGUCUAUAGAAGGCAAAGUCUGUCAGCGUUACGAAUGGUAUAUGUAUUUAAAGAAUCCAAAGCAGGGGGAAUGUAACAAAUGCAUGUCUGAAGCAUUCAAAGAUGAGACAAGACAGGAAUGGGAAAUGGAAACUCGAUCUCCAAAAGGUUUCCACAAGUCAUGAGUGGGGAAUUUUACCCUGGUCUGUCUGACCAGUGUUUCUUUCAUUCAGGGUGGUCUACCGUAGCCUCUUUUCUUUGUAACAUCGUAUUGAUACUUGUAGCUUAUUUGAGCUGCCCUCUCUUCUUAUAGACACAAUCUACACUAUAUUACUAACUACUGCUACACUAGACGGGAGGGUAUGUGGGUGAAGAGGUGGGGGGUGAAGUACUAAAACACUAAUACAAUUUGGCAGCAAGCGUAGCUCUCAUGAGAGUAUUAGUAUGCUUAUUGUAUUUUUGUAUUUUCCAUGACACUCCUUCCUGUCAGUUUGUCUUUAUCUGUUUUUCUCUUCCUUUCAUUUUCCCCUUUCUUUCUUUCUUUCUUUCUUUCUUUCUUUCUUUCUUUCUUUCUUUCUUUCUUUCUUUCUUUCUUUCUUCUUCUACCUCCCUCCCUGGCUCUUUCGUUGUUUCUGGCUGUUGCCGUGGCGACAGACCCCUCCAUUCUCCCAGGGUUCUGCUUUUUGUUUGUCAUGGUAACGCUUGUCAGAUUGGAGGUUGCCAUUAGCAACCCGUCCUGACCUGGUGCUAUUAGUACAGCUUUGCGACUGCACACACACACACACACACACACACACACACGCGCGCGCACACACGCUUGCGCGUGCACACACACACACACACACACUUUUAUUAUUAGUCUGUGACAGUGUUGCACCAUUUCUACAUAAUCCUGUGCUGAGUUGCGUGGAAUCCAGAAUCCUCUGCUGCUUAAAAAGAAUCUAUUAGUGUUGAAAGCACACUACAGACUAUAGUAGAAACACACACACACACACACACACACACACACACACAUCAAACAGCCAUUGCUGUGAUGCAGCACCCAUGCCUGAAGAAUUGACUUGGAUAUUAAAAACCAGCUGUCAUCGCUGGCGUCCUCGCCGUGUCCCAUGCCUCCUCGAUUUACACACACACUAAAACACACACUUAUACUCCUUUAAUGCUCUGUCAGCUUGGAUGCAUUUUCUAUGCCAUAUUAUGCUAAUGAUAUAUGAGUGAUAUGUAUGUACGCAACGUGCUGCAGACUGAGAGGAGCUUCCUUCUGUUCUGAGGUUGUUGAUGCUGUUGAACACCUUCUUGCCCCCUGAACCCUCUCGUCCCCCUCUGUAAGCCUUUCCGCUUUGUGAAAGUGAAACUGUGUGAUGGUAUUUGUCUUGGUGGCUGUGGGGUUUCUGGGAUGCUUGCUCACUAUGGAAAGUGUCAAAUCCCAUAGGUGGUGAUGUAAAAAAAACAACAACAAGGACUUCAAAGAAUUAAAAAAAUAAGAAAAAAAGGAA